AUGACCGUCUCAUAUCCUUUUCAGACCGUUUUCGCGGUGCCCAUGACAUGUGACAGCUGCGUCAAGGACGUUUCAGACUCGUUGUACAAGCUGGGGGGCAUCACCAAGGUCGAGGCCGAUCUCAAGGACCAAUUACUCUCCGUCGAGGGCACAGCCGCACCAUCCGCCAUCGUUGACGCCAUCCAAGCCACGGGGAGGGACGCUAUCCUGCGAGGUUCGGGAGUAUCAAACAGUGCUGCUGUCAGCAUUCUCGAGUCUUUCUAUCAGGCAGACGGCAUUGGCGGUGCAUCAAAGUGGGAUGAUGAGCGAACCCGAGAUGUCAGGGGACUGGCUAGAAUGGUGCAGGUGUCUCCCACCACCACCCUGAUUGACUUGACUCUUCGCGGCGUAGCCCCCGGCUCCUACCGAGCAACAAUCCGUGAGUACGGUAACUUGGAGACGGGCGCCUCAUCGACGGGCCCUGUCUGGUCGGGAGGCAGCGAAGGCACCGCUGCCAAGGGAUUCUUGGGCACCUUUGAAGUCGGCAAGGAUGGAAGAGGCAGCGCCUACCUCGACAAGCCCUUCCAGAUCUGGGAAAUCAUUGGCCACGCUAUGGUCGUCUCGAGACAGGAUGAGUCUGCGGGGAUCCUGAAGAAUGACCCGGACACGGUCGUCGGCGUGAUUGCCAGGAGUGCAGGCGUGUGGGACAAUGAUAAGACAGUCUGCUCAUGCACGGGCAAGACGCUGUGGGAGGAGAGAAAGGAUGAGGUCCAGAAGGGCAUGUUGUAG